AUGCUGUCUCGCGAGCCCCGAUACAAGACAUUGGCCGAGCUGAGCACAGAAAGAGACAAUGUCGCCUGGUACUGGCGCUUCCUAGCCUUCACCGCAUCCUGGAUGAUCCUGGGCGGCUACCUCCUGCUCCCCUCAACCUACGACACAGCCCCGCACCUCCGCUUCAGCAUCCACGUCCUCUCCAUCUUCAUCGUGGCCCUGCUCACCGCCGGCUACUCCCUGACCGCGCUCCUCUACUUCGCAGUCCACUCGCUCCUCUUCCACCGCGACACCGUCAUCCUGCCUACCCUCGCCUCCUCGCUUCUGGGGCUCCUCACACUCCUCUACGCCUUCGUGUCGUGCACGCGCUACGCCUUUACCGCCGGCGCCGUCGCCUCGUUGAUCCUGUCCUGCGCCUCCAUCACCGUUUAUUCUAUCCUCUUCCUCUGGAACCACCGCGUCCUGUCCCGCCUCCAGCGCUCCUCCAGCCUCUCGGGAGGGGGCAGCUACGCCCUAGCCCCGACCCACGCCCAGCAGCAGCACAUCUACUACUCUGACCCGAACUACUAUUCGAACUAUACGCAGAACAUGUAUCCGACGGCCUGCACGCCUACCGAGCCGAACCAGGCCCCCCAUAGCCGCACGCCUACAGACGACGAUUACAUAGCCCAGCAGAUGGCCCUGCUGCUCACCAAGGCAGAUCCGGGUCCUAGUCCCGAUGCGAUGACGGAGACGUUCAGGAUCGGCCUUCCUGGAGACGGGGACGAAACACCGGUGAACCAAUCCGGCGGCGUGAGGGAGUACUACGGCCGGAGCGAGUUCCUUACCGUGGGAGUGUCGCAGAGGAGCAUGUGGGAGCGCAUGACUGGGAGGCCGGUUGAUAGGGGGAGGGCUGAGGAGAGGGGUGGAAGUGGUGAGAGGCAAAGGGCGAAGUCUAGGGAGGAGAGGGGUGGAAGUGGUGAGAGGCAAAGGGCGAAGUCUAGGGAGGAGAGGAGGAGGGAGAUUGAGCUGGGAACUUUGCAGGCGUAA